AUGAGUCAGGGCGACCAUGAAACUCUAAUUAAACAGGUUGUGGAAAUUUGUCAGACCGACGAAAAUACUGCGCGGUCAUACCUUCAACUAUUUAACUGGAAUCUUAAUGACGCUGUUGAGAACCUUCUUAAUGUCGGUGACGAAGGCUCCGCCUCUGACGAGUCCCCAGAAUACAAGGGAAUCGUGUCUGGCAGCACCUCGGUUACUGAUGUCAAAUCAUCACAACCCACUUCUGUUCCUGACGUCCAUGCUACACACGGCAUACAGAGUGGUUCAUCAUCCAAAAUAGCCACCCUGUCUUCUCUUGCGCAAAAGGGACCACAUAACCCAGAAUCUGAUGAGGAACAUGGUCAAGCCUUCUACGUUGGUGGUGCUGAGCACGGAGGUGGUGGCCAGCAGGUUCUUGGGCCACCACGGCUGGAUAACCCCGAGUCGUUUGUUCGAGGCGUCUUUCGUGCGGCUCAGGAUGGAGGUGCGGAAACCCUAGAUCGAGCUCGUGUUUCUGACCUUUCAGUCGAAAACACAAAUCAACGACAGGUCUUUGUGGGCACUGGAUAUCGCCUAGGCGAAUCUCUUUCUGAUCCACUUGUAAAAGUACCCGGGAAAUCUUCGGCUCCGAGACCUAAAGGCCAUUCUUCAGACGAUGGGCAGGAUGCGGAGAAUAACCAGUCGGUGAUUGUGAAAAUGUGGCACAAUGGGUUUAGCCUCGAUGACGGACCCCUUCGAUCCUAUACAGAUCCGUCGUCCCUCGAAUUUAUGGAUGCUAUAAAGCAAGGUCGCAUACCCGCUGAACUGAUUAGAUCAGCACGCAACCGCGAGGUCCAUGUCCUCCUUGAGGACCACCACAACGAGCCCUAUCAGGCACCGGCGUCCCCGAAGGUGAAGGCCUUUUCUGGCGUCGGGCAUGUUUUGGGUAAUCCCACACCCAGAGUGGUAACAUGCCAGCCAUCUGUCGGCGCGUCUUCCUCCCCACCGUCUGGCCCAACUGUUGACCAGUCUCAACCGACUACUCAGAUUCAAGUCCGUAUGCCCGAUGGAUCAAGAUUACUCGUCACCCUUAAUCACAAACACACAAUUCAGGAUCUUCGUACAGCCAUCAUGUGUCAACGACCCGAAUUGGCGAACCAGAUGUUUGGGCUUUUUACGACAUUCCCACGGCAGGAGCUUACGGACAAUUCGGCCACUUUGGCUAGUUCAAAUUUGCUCAACGCGGCGCUCGUUGUCACAAAGCAGUGA